AUGCCUCCACCGCCCGUUACAAGCGAUGCAAAGCGACCGCUCGUUUUAGCGGCUGUACUGCUCGGCAUGAUAUUCAUUCUCAUCUAUACGCUGAUCACUUUUCCUCGCCCUCUUAUUGCUGCACCACGCGAAGCGGUUGGUGGAGGCUCGACAGCCAAGAAGCUCAAUACGUCACUAAUACGAGAAUUGCCUACCGACGACGAUCCUUUUCGAUAUGCCGAUCAACCGUUUCAUCGGCGUCACAUACCUAAUAUUGUGCAGCCAUCACUCUACAAGGUUCUCCUGAAGAUCUACCUGCCAUGGCGCCCUGGUGUCACUUUUGGUGCGUUGGAUUUUACGAUGGAUGGCAAGACAAGCAUGGAAUUUACCGUGCUUUACACGAUGCGGCGCAUCCAGUUGAAUGUGAAGCAGCUUAACGUCACUUCAGUGCGGCUUUUCCACGGCAUAGAAGAGGUUGACAUCGACAAAAUCUCGGAGGAGUAUCCCCAACUGCUGGAUGUUUUCGCGUCUACUGAUCUCCUACCCGGACACAACUACAGCUUGACACUUGAAUUCAAAGGCAAUAUUAACAACCCGCGAUUCAAAACGGCUACGCAUCUGCAACCACAAGAGGCUCGCAGUCUGUUCCCUUGUAUCGACAGCCCCGAGGCGAAAGCUCGUUUCGACGCUACCGUGAUUCAUCCUGAAGGAACCUAUGCGUUGUCCAAUAUGAAGGAGACCAGCAUCUCUACGAAAGGUGGAUGGACAACGACCAAAUUUCUUCGCUCACCUGUCAUGUCUACCUAUUUGUUCUCUAUUAUUGUCGGUACUAUGCCCUAUCAAGAGACCUACACGGACAAAGGAGUUCGGGUGAGUCGAAAAGUCAGUUUUUGCUAUUUUCCCUCACGGAAAUUGUUCGAGUGCAUGGAUCAACACCUGCACAACCGAGCUUUAUUCAUGUGCUCAGCUGAUAGUUGA